GCAUUGUUCCGGCUAAGCUAUAACGAUGGUUCCAUUAUAAUCGAUCAACGCGACACAAACCUGAUGGGUCUUCAUGAUUUGCGUUCAAAGGUUUCAAUUAUUCCACAAGAACCAGUUUUAUUCUCGGGUUCGAUGCGUUACAAUCUCGACCCAUUCGACGAAUACUCUGACGACAAACUUUGGUCAGCGCUUGAGGAAGUCCAACUAAAGGAUUCCGUUAGAGAUAUGCCAGGUGGUUUGCAAGGCCGAAUCACAGAAAGUGGUGCCAAUUUCAGUGUGGGUCAACGUCAAUUGAUUUGCCUAGCGAGAGCCAUUCUUCGUGAAAACAAGGUACUGGUACUAGAUGAAGCUACUGCCAACGUGGACCCACAAACCGACGCGCUCAUACAGUCGACAAUAAGAAACAGGUUUGCCAAUUGCACAAUUCUAACGAUCGCCCAUCGUUUACAUACAAUUAUGGAUUGCGACAAAGUUAUGGUCAUGGAUGCAGGCCAAUUGGUAGAAUAUGCGAGCCCGUAUGAGCUCUUAAAUGAUUUAUCAGGCAACAAAGUGUUCUACGGUAUGGCCAAACAAACUGGCCGCUCCACAUUCGAUUCAUUGUGUAAAAUGGCAGCUGAGGCGCACGAGGCUCGCAAGAAUAAAUAAACAUUAGAAGGUCGCUGCCAAAGAUCAAACCAUAAGAAUCAAUUUUUCACAUUUACAAACAUAAGCAUGUUAUUCCUGUCUAUAUAUUGUUUCAUUUUUUGUAAGCGCAACAUUUUUAACUUGUCUGAGAAAACAUACAGUUACAUACAGAGUACAUACCAAUUGUUAAUAAUAUCCGAUUUGGCGGGUACAUACAAAUGGAACCAAGUACUAACUAUUCACAGUUACCUCAUAUUCUCCUUUUUUGUCACGGCUUCAUUGCUGUUGAAUUUGUUUGAAAUGUAACAUGUAUGAUACCAAUACAUGCUCUAUAUAUUGAUAUUAUUGACAAUAAGAAUCUCUUUAGUGUGCCUUCGGAUUAUGUACGGAAUAAAGAACAUUUAUUGCAACGUUAAA